CCUCCGCCCCCCCUUCCCCUUCCCCUCCCCACCCGGGAGGAGAGGCACGGAGUGACCGACGGAGCCACCGCUCCGGCCGCUCCGACACCCCGCUCUCCUCCAUGGGGCACAGCUCAAGGGAGAGGAGAAGAGACAAGGGGGCAUUUUAACAGCAGCUCCACUUGCGGAUAGCCAGCCUCAAUCCCGGCUCCAGCAUUAAAACCCUUUCCGCCCCCUAAAAACCAGCAUCCGUGCAAGUUGGACCAAGAGUUUGUCAGGAGUGUGGUUCAAAACUGCUUGGAAAAAGGGAUGAGGGCAUCUGAUGAACCUUCUGGAUCUUCUUACCAGAGACCGUUCUCCCCUCUUCAUUGAAACAUGCACUGUCCAGCUGUGAAACACUGCAAGGUUUAUUUUUGCUAACAGGAAACACUUUCAAGUAUCGUUCUGUCUCCUACAAGAGUUCACACCACUGCUGUUGGAAGGUCACGAACAGGGCACUACCUGUGCUGCCCUGGGGCUGUUGAUGUCCUCAGCUGUUGUAGGAGAAACACUAGACCUGGAACCCAGUUUGUUACUGGACUUGUGGAAGAGGAAACAUAAAGAUCUCCAAAUGAAUAACCGAAAGGAAGAUAUGGAAAUUGCUUCCCACUACCGUCACCUGCUGCGGGAGCUGAACGAGCAGAGGCAGCACGGGAUCCUCUGCGACGUCUGCAUCAUCGUGGAGGGCAAGAUCUUCAAGGCUCACAAAAACGUCCUGCUGGGGAGCAGCCGCUACUUCAAAACCCUCUACUGCCAGGUCCAGAAAACCUCUGACCAGGCCACUGUCACCCACCUGGACAUCGUCACCGCCCAGGGCUUUAAGGCGAUCAUUGACUUCAUGUAUUCCGCGCACCUGGCGCUGACCAGCAGGAACGUCAUCGAGGUGAUGUCGGCCGCCAGCUACCUGCAGAUGACGGACAUCGUGCAGGCCUGUCACAACUUCAUCAAAGCAGCUCUGGACAUAAGCAUCAAGUCUGAUGCCUCGGAGGACCUCGUCGAUUACGAGCUGGGAGCCCCUUCCAGCAGCAGCACGGACGCUCUGAUUUCGGCAGUCGUGGCUGGCAGGAGCAUAUCCCCGUGGUUAGCCCGGAGAACGAGCCCGGCAAACUCCUCCGGGGACUCGGCCAUCGCCAGCUGCCACGAGGGAGGGAGUAGUUACGGAAAAGAGGAUCAAGAACCAAAACCAGACAGCCACGAAGACAUUUCGUCCCAGUCUCUCUGGGCUAGUGACAUGGGCUAUGGGUCUUUGCGUAUCAAAGAGGAGCAGGUGUCGCCGUCCCAUUACGGAGGGGGUGAGCUGCAUUCUGCCAAGGAUAGUGCAAUACAGAGUGGGUUCUCAGAGCAAGGAGUGGGGGAUGGCUGGCAGCCCACGGGCCGCAGGAAGAACAGGAAAAACAAAGAAACUGUGAGACAUAUUACGCAGCAAGUGGAGGAUGACAGCAGGGCAAAUUCUCCUGUGCUGCCCCUUUUACCUGCCUCAGGAUGGCCGUACAGCGGUCGAGACCCAAGCGCCGAUGCGGCCGGGACGGAGCCCAGCAGCUCGGACAGCAGGGUGGAGCGGCCGGACCCCUACACCAACGUGGAGGAGGCGCUGCUGGGAGGGGAGUCCAGCUACAUCCACCAGCCCCUGACCCCCGACAAGGAGGACGCGCUCCAGGCCGCCACCGUCGCCAACCUGCGCGCGGCCCUGAUGAGUAAGAACAGUUUGCUGUCGCUGAAGGCCGACGUGCUGGGCGAUGACAGCUCGCUGCUCUUCGAGUACCUCCCCAAAGGCACGCACUCGCUCUCCCUCAACGAGUUCACAGUCAUCAGGAAGAAGUUCAAGUGCCCGUACUGCAGCUUUUCUGCCAUGCACCAGUGCAUCCUGAAGCGCCACAUGCGGUCCCACACGGGAGAGAGGCCCUAUCCCUGCGAGAUCUGCGGGAAGAAGUUCACCCGCCGGGAGCACAUGAAGCGCCACACCUUGGUCCACAGCAAAGAUAAAAAAUACGUCUGCAAGGUUUGCAACCGGGUGUUCAUGUCGGCGGCCAGCGUGGGGAUCAAGCACGGCUCCCGGCGCCACGGCGUCUGUGCCGACUGCUCCGGCCGCGGCAUCGCCGGGCACCUGGACCACAACGGGGGAGAGGGGUCCCCAGAUGAGUGCUACCCCGGGGAGGGGCAGUACAUGGAAGACCCGGAUGACAUCAAAGUGGAAGGAGACGAGGAGAUGGGAGACGACGACGACAUCAAGUGGAAGGACGACGUGGGGAUGUCACAGGAUGAUGUGAUUUUAGAUGACGACAAAGAUGUCGACUCCCCGCAGGAGCAGGACAACUCUGGGGAGAACGACAAGGAUUUUACCUGGAUUUCUUAGGGAUUAUUUUUUGUUUGGGGAUUUUUUUUUUUGUUUGUUUGUUUGUUUCGCUCUGUUGUUUGUAGGGGGAGGGAGGGAGGGGAGGAAGGAGUAUGUUGGAAAAACUAAGUAGCCUUGUUGUCGUCCAUGUGUGCAAAAUAACUCUUGUGUUUUCUAAACAAGUCCUUCUCUGUUCCACUCAGACACUGUCUUAGCAGGGUCGCGUCCAGCGGCACGACUGACUUCGCCUUCCCCCUUUUCCCUUUCCCUUUUCCCCCUGGGACCCCCUGCCCAUGGCCACCCCUUGGGCCAAGCCAGCCAGGCUGCCCAAGAGGGAGGUGGAGUCUCUGCAGGUGUGAGGAGGCUGGUGGAGCAUGACUCCUCCUCCCCUGCCCGCUCCAAACUGAGCACCGGGGAGGUCUUUGUGUCCAAAGCAGGUUUGUUGGUUGGUUGGGGUUUUUUUUUACACCUUGUCUGUGCUAAAAUCCCAGCAGCAGUGGAAUUUCAAGCUAAGGUUGUGAAAGCAGACGGAUGGAUGUGUUGGAGGGCUUCCCCUGAUGAUACAAGCCUUUUGCAAAGUUAUUUAAAGAGUUUUAAUUAUUUUUUAUGAAGCCAAAUAGAUCAAAAGGCAAGUCAGAUUUUACAGCCUUACGAAUUCUUCUCUUGGAUUCUUAGCUUCCAAAAGAAUCACUAUCAGAGACAGAUUGUGACUUUGCUUGGACCUACUGGCAUCUUACCCAUGUCCUGUCUUCCAGCCUUGGUCAUCCACAGGCACUGAAACAAGUUUGUGCUUCUGGAGGCACCUUUUGCUCUAGAGGACACAGUUUUGUACCUGUCAUUCUCCUCCACAAAUAUCUUCACUUUUCUCCCUUUGCUCAGCUGCCUUUUUCACAAAUAUAUGCAAACUGUAGCAAAACCCAGGCAUUUGGCCCAAGUGCAGGAUGAGCUGGGAAAGGUGAGAAGCCGAGGUGAGGAGAUCCCAGCAGGGUGGAAUCUUGCUGCUCCCGUCCCAUGGACUUCUGUGGGGCCAGGAUUUCAUCUGGGUACCUUGUUCUUCCUUGCCAGUCUCAACAUUCUCGUUGAUCAUGGGUAGGACUGCUUAAUUCAUGACAGAAACCUUCAGCUUUAGUUGCACUGGUUCCAUGUAAAUUUUCCAAUAAACCAGUUUUUCCUUAAAUAAGAGCCAGGUUUCUCUCCCAGCGUCUCCUCAGACUCUGUGGGGCUGUUCCAGAUAGUUGGAUUCUCCCUGUUCAUAUCGGCCACUGUUGCCUUCUUCCAGCUACACCUAAAUAACAACAGCAACAGCGUGUGUUGGAAUUGUCUUAUUCCUGAGAAACAGCUUGUUCUACCUUCAUCUCUUUGCUUCUGGUGCUUUUUUAAAUAAAUAAAUUUAAAAAAAAAAAAAAAAAAAAGCCGAAGACCUCACUGCAUCCUUGCCAUGGAGCAAUUUUCUACGCUGUCUGUGACUGUGGUACCUUGAAACCUGCCACGAAAGACAACCCAUUGCCAGAAGCCAAAUGACUCAAGGUGCUAUUUCCCUUCCUGCAGGCCUGGGGGUCCAUGAGGAAAAACUCCACCCAGCGAAGGAAUUAAGAGUAUAUUGUACACUAAACCCCCAAGGAAUCUGCAAGGAUUUAAGCCACUUGGUGCCAGGAUUUUGUGGGGCGUGGUGGGAGCCUCGAUCCUGGCACCUGCAGGAGCUGGGGUCUCUCUCCAUUCCCUCCUUCCAGUUGCAUCCUGGGUUUAUGGCGCUCACUCCCUUUCUCUGCUCCUCGGUUCCUUGCUGACGUUCACCACCGCCUCUCUGCCUCCGGCGCCCCGGUUCACUUCCACUGGGAGCCUCCGGGCUCCUGCCCCAUCGAUCUGGGGGUGCUCAGUGAUGUGGGAACUGGGGGGGUCUUUCCUAAAAUCCUCUCUGUGACUCCCUGGCACUGCUGCUGCUGUCACCCCUUGGACUGGAGGAGUUAGUGGCACUUGUUUUAGGCGGUGAGCAUGGAAAACUUUCUUAAAUAUGGGGAGAGCAGAGUGGGUCAUGCAGGAACAUUUUUCUUCACUUGUAAAAAUCUCAUUUUGCGUUUCAGCUUCUUUUCCUUCUCCUCCCUUAUUUAAAAAGCUGUAAAACCCCACCCAGUACGUCACAAGGGGACCUUUAUAUACCUUCUCCCAGUGGUUUUGGGGGGUCCCAGAGUGAGGAGGGCUGCUCCCUUAUCCCAGUUUUGGCCGCCCCAGAGUGUGGGCUCUGUAUUUAUUGUCAUUUACCCUGUAAAUGUGGAGGGAUUAGGGGGUGCCUGAAGUCCUGAAAGUGCAGCCUCACCUGUUGCAUGUAGACAAAUACAUACAGUACUUAAAGAUUUAUCUUUAGCCUUGCUUUUUAUAUGUAAAAAAAUCUAUUUAAAAGAGAAUUUUAAUGCCCAAACAGUUCAAACCCCUGGGUUUGUGUCACAUUCCGAUGGCCCAUCCCCUCCGAUGCUGGUGUGUGCAUCCACCUUCUGAAGGGGAGCAGGUGUGGGCCAAGCCCUUCUCUUCCUCCCUGCCCUUGGGUGACUCAGUUUUGUCAUCAGAAUUGCAGAGUGCUGAGCUUUCUUCGCAAUUCCUUUGGAAGUAUUUUAUCCUUUCCAUAUUUUUAUUAAAGGUGGGCAGAGAGCCAGGUAGCCCUCAGGUGCAUUUCCAAAUUGUGUCACUUUGAGGCUCUUUGAACUGAGGAUGCAAAAAUUAAAGCAAAAAGAAAAAGGGAGAGAAAAAUGGAAAAUGCUCAUAAAAACUAACAUUUCCCAUGUCGUAACCUUGCACGUGCUUCUGUCCCAGUAACACACACCAUGUACCAAAUAAAACCCUUCUAACACCUGCUGUCUACUGCAGUGCUUUGUUCUGAUGGAGGUGUGCAGAGUUGGAAAUGCAGGGAUUCAUCUUUAACCUUCCAUGCUCCGACUUGGGCUUGGGAAAAAAAAAAAAACAAAAAAACCCCAGGAAUUUGGGCGUGUUUUUUAUGCUGAAACUUUAUAAACUUCAUCAGUCACUCCGGGUGAUCGCAUCCCUCCAGCUUCUCUCCGGGGUCUCUCGGAUAUACUGCCUAUGCAAACUUCUGCUCUUGGAGAUUUAAACAAAACCCCACUAAUUCUGCCUGUUCUGCAUCUUGUCUUUGUAUUUCCCUUCAGGGCUUUGUAUACUUCACUGAGGUUCCCUUUUUUUAAUUUUUUCUAAAUAUAUAUAUAUAUGUGUGUGUAUAUAUAUACAGACUUAGCUCCAAAACAAUAACACCUUAGAGGUAAAAUAUGGAUAUACUCCGUCUUGAGAACUUGCAACUCGUUUUUUUUUUAAAAGAGUUACAUGUAAAAUUUGUACAUGUAAAUGUUCCUCCUUGAAUUCCUUGAUUACCCCUCACUUUUUUUUUAUUUUAAAUCUGAGUGCCAGGAGUAGAGAGCGGAAUGGGGCAGAGGGCAUCGUCCUGUCUGUGCCCUCCGGAAAACAUCCCAGGGAUCCGUGGACUUGGAGAACAUCUUAAAGGAUGGAGACAAGCGAGGUCCUUGUGUUGAUUCGGGAUUUCCAGAAAUAGUCUUGAAAUCGCGAAUUCCCCAGUUUUGUGGUUUGUGAGGUCACCCCAAAGCCUCACAGCUGCGGAGCGGCUUUGCGGGGAGGCGCAGGGGGACUUCUCUAGUGAAGGUUUGCAAAGUGAUUGUCCUUCCCCUUUUAUUUCUUUUUUUUUUUUUUUUCUUUCUUUCUUUCUUUAAUCAAAAAUCUGGUUUUUAGACAACAAAACGAGUCACUUUUGUCCGGAAGGAAACCCACUCCAGCGUUACUUCCCCUUUUGUUUCCUCUCCCCACUCCUGCCUUUAAACACUCCACUUCCCUGAAGCAAAACUGUGGCUUUGGGGUGGGUGCUGCCUUUUGGGACUGUCCCUGAGCACCCCCUCCUAAAGCUCCCCCUUUUGCACAUCACCCUCGAGGAAAGAAACUCCAUGAAAACAAUGCAAAAACUGGAAUUUUUUGCAAUAUUCUGAGAGAUAAUCUAAUUUUCACUCAUUCUGUGACACGUGCGACUCCUACGAAAGCCAUAAUUAAUGGUUCCUUUGAUUUUGUAGAUCCUGAGUCGUGUUUUGAAUUUCAGCCUUUUUUUUUUUAAGUCCCCCCUAGUCAGAGUGCUGUGUGUAUGCUUUCAUAUAUAUUUAUUUUUCAACGUGCUUUAAACCUGUCUACAAAAAUAAAGCUGAACAAACACAAAAAGGACGGUGUUUGAAGAUUGUUGAUUUUUUUUUUUUUUUUUUGCUGGGAAUAUUCUAUAUUAUACUGACUUUAUAUUAAUUAUUAUAAACCUGUGUUUGUACUGAAGAUGUGUUUAAUAUUUUGGGGAGGUUGAGGAGAUUUCGUAACCAGAAGUCAGUGGGAGAAGAGCUGUGUUGUACUGAUUUUCUGUCGAUGUAGUUCAGGUAAAUCUGAUUUUAUUUUCUAGUUGCUGCCCAGUUCCUCGCCUGCCGGGGGCUUCCCCUCGGAUAGAACCUUUGUGAUGGGAUUUAGCUUAGACAUACUGCAAAAAUCAAUCAGUUUCAAUAAAUUGGGAAAUUGCUGCUACAA